UCCUCUCCUAUGAUUUUUGUUCAAAGCCGUUGCUUCCGGUUAGAAAACCGUUGAAAACAUUCAUUCCUGACAUCUGGGCGUCUUUGGUGGAAUAGUUACUGAUAAUAAGUGAAAAUGGCAGGCGUUUUCUCCAGGGCCCUCUCCGCCAGGGGAAAUAUCAUGUCUGUGAUAGGAGUGGGAGCCAUUGCUACAGGAUUGCUGAUGAAUCAGUGCCAAGUGAAUGCAGGUUCUUGUGAUGUCAGAAGGCUCUAUCCUCCCAGUGCCGAAUACCCUGAUCUGCGAAAGCAUCAGAAUUGCAUGGCAACUUAUCUCACCCCAGCCAUGUAUGCCAAGCUGUGUGACAAAAGGACUCCCGCAGGCUACACUCUGGAUCAGGCUAUCCAGACUGGGGUGGACAACCCUGGGCAUCCCUUCAUCACGACAGUGGGCUGUGUAGCCGGAGACGAGGAGUCAUACGAGGUGUUUGCUGACCUGUUUGAUCCUGUCAUCAAGGAGAGGCAUAAUGGUUACGACCCAACUAAAAUGACACACACAACAGAUCUUGACGCAAACAAGAUCCGUGCUGGCAUUUUUGAUGAGCGCUACGUGCUGUCUUCGCGCGUGAGGACCGGCCGCAGCAUCCGUGGCCUGAGCCUGCCGCCUGCCUGCACCCGGGCAGAGCGCCGUGAAGUGGAGAGGGUGGUAGUGGACGCCCUCAAUGGCCUAAAGGGAGAGCUGUCUGGCCAGUACUACAGCCUCACCACCAUGACGGACAAGGAGCAGGAGCUGCUCAUUAACGAUCACUUCCUGUUUGAUAAGCCAGUCUCCCCUCUGCUGACGUGUGCGGGCAUGGCCCGUGAUUGGCCCGACGCCAGAGGGAUCUGGCACAACCACGAGAAGACCUUCCUGAUUUGGAUCAAUGAGGAGGACCACACUCGCGUCAUCUCCAUGGAGAAGGGAGGCAACAUGAAGAGAGUGUUUGAGCGCUUCUGCCGGGGCCUGCUGGAGGUGGAGAGGCUGAUCAAGGAGAAGGGCUGGGAGUUCAUGUGGAACAAGAGGCUUGGAUACAUCCUCACCUGCCCGUCCAACCUGGGCACUGGACUCAGGGCUGGUGUGCACGUCAAGCUGCCCCGACUGGCCAAGGAUCCACGCUUCAGCCAGAUCCUGGACAACCUGAGGCUGCAAAAGAGAGGCACUGGCGGGGUGGACAGUGCCACCACAGGAACCACCUUCGACAUCUCCAACCUGGACAGGCUGGGCAGAUCUGAGGUUCAGCUGGUGCAGACCGUCAUUGAUGGAGUGAACUACUUGAUUGAGUGCGAGAAGAGACUGGAGAGAGGACAGAACAUCACCGUUCCCGCUCCCAUAGUGCACUUCAAGUAGAACGCCCAUGCCACUCAUGCUCUAUGAAGCAUCCUCUUUCCUAUCCAUCCUAGUCGAACAGCAUCAACUUAAUGUCAGUCAUCUCAGGUGAAAUUCCAUCCAUUUUAACUAUUUUCGUCAUCGUUCAACAUUCUGCACAGAUUUAUCAAGUCAUCAUUGAACAUUCAGCAGAGAAGUUUAAAUGAAAACACCUGCAACUCAUUCACCAAAGCAAAACAAAAAACAAAAAACGAGAAGGACUUUGAAAAGAGCAUGUCAGUGUUUCAUUACAAAUGGGUAUGAAGUCAAUAAAGAGCAGGGAAUAAAUAAA